AUGAUGAAGACAUCGAUCAUCCUCACUUUCGCGCUCCUCGCUGUCGCCUCCGUCCCAGUCCGGGCUGCUAUCGUUCGAGACGACAAGAAAUACAGAGAGCUUUGCGAAAGCUCCGGUAGCGAUCUUCGAGCUCGCGCCUGUUUCAAAGAUUCGCACGAGGCCCUCUCAGUCAUCAAAAUCCCCGAGGGUGAGAUCGUAGACGGGUUCGUCGAUUCAAGCGGCAGAAAAUUUGGGCUGCUUGCGAAUGCGGGUAUCAUCUUCAACAAGCGCACUCUGAUCCUGGUCACAAAUGAAGAACCUGAUCGACGUACGAAGGUUAAGACGAAUUGUGCACAGAUCCAGACGUAUUCCUAUCCUGACGGUGUAAAAGGACUCGACCGAAGAUAUUGCCCCGGUCUUGAUAUUCCGGUCGAGUACUUCUGA